UAUAAGAAAAAAAGAAGAUAAAGUAAACAGAAAUAAAUACAAUUAAAUAUCAUGCGUUACUACCCGACCGCGGAUGUCGACUUUUAUGUUGAGUUCAGUGAUGGAUGGGAUAGAUAUUGUCGGUGGCCCAAUAAAAAAUGGAGAUAUAAAGAUUUAUCUCCUACUACGACAAUCUCUUAUUGGCGCGACCUUGAAGGCGCAAAAAAGGAAUAUAUUCUAUUGGCAGAUUUAUAUUUUGAUAAAUGGUUAAAGACACGCUUAAAUGAAGGUGCCUGUUUGCCGUUAUUAUAUUCAGUUGGUAAUCGAUUCAUUAAGCUGGAAAAAUAUUUCCCUGCUGGAUUCAGAUGCGCUCCAUUGCCAAUGAAUCUUAAGGAAUACAAGGAAAUGCAAGCCAUAAUAAAAGAGGAAGCAAAACAGAAAAAGAAGGCUGCUAAAGAAAAGAAAGCCAAAGGAGAAAAGGGAAAGAAGGGCAAAAAAUAAACACAAAAUGGAAACGAAGAAAAUUAUAAAAAUUAAAUUAAAUAAAAAUUAUUAAAUUGCAACAAAAAAAAAGUACUACUAAAUUGAGUUUUCGCUAACAGUACGGCUCUUGCUUAUAUCUGGCCAAGGACUGUCACUCAAGAGGCACUUCCCAAAAAUUUUCGGGCGGAAAUAGGAACAAAACUCGAAUGACGAAUACGUUAUCAAAAUUCAAGGCGAAUCUAUUAAAGGUGGUGUUGGUAAAUCAGCUGAUUUGUUGUUUUUUUUUUUCUUUCUCUGUGUCCAUGUGGCUGUCAGCACAAAAUAAAACAAGGCGGUUAAUUUUUUGCUUUCUACUUUUUAAAUACUUUGCCGUGGCAAUCAAACGUACAAAACAUUAUUGUUGGUCUAGUGCCACCACCUUUAAUAAAUUCGCCUUGCCAAAAUUCAUUAAAAAGAAUAAAUCAUAAAAAACAA